UCCCGGGCGGGCGCAGCUGGUUUCGGGGCCAAGGCGCUCCCGGGGCCUGACGAUGGCGUCAGGCCCGGGCACCCAAGAUCAGGAAGGGCUCCUGAUAGUGAAACUGGAGGAGGACUGCGCCUGGAGCCAGGAGCUGCCCCCGCCAGAUCCAGAACCCAGCCCUGAGGCCUCCCACUUACGCUUCAGACGGUUCCGCUUCCAAGAGGCAGCUGGGCCCCGGGAAGCCCUCAGCCGGCUCCAGGAGCUCUGCCAUGAGUGGCUGCGGCCUGAAAUGCGUACCAAGGAGCAAAUCCUGGAGCUGCUGGUACUGGAGCAGUUCCUGACCAUCCUGCCCCAGGAGAUCCAGAGCAGGGUGCAGGAGCUGCAUCCUGAGAGCGGCGAGGAAGCGGUGACCCUUGUGGAGGACAUGCAGAGAGAGCUUGGGAGGCUGCGACUACAGGUCACAAACCAUAGGCGGGGAACAGAAGUGCUUUUGGAGGAGCCUUUGCCUCUGGAAACAGCACGAGAGUCACCGAGCUUCAAGUUGGAGCCAAUGGAGACUGAGCGAAGCCCUGGCCCCAGGCUGCAGGAGCUGCUAGGCCCCAGCCCCAAAAGGGACCCCCAAGCUGUAAAGGAGAGGGCAUUGUCUGCUCCCUGGCUUUCUCUCUUUCCUGCUGAAGGAAACAUGGAAGACAAGGAGAUGACUGGGCCCCAGUUGCCUGAGAGCUUAGAGGACGUGGCUAUGUACAUCUCCCAGGAGGAGUGGGGGCAUCAGGAUCCUAGUAAGAGGGCCCUCUCCAGGGACACGGUGCAGGAGAGUUAUGAGAAUGUGGACUCACUGGAGUCUCAGGUUCCUAGUCAGGAGACCCUGAGCACCCAUGUGGAACAAGGAGGAAAGCCAUGGGAUCCCAGUGUUCAGACUUGCAAGGAGGGCCUGAGUCUCAGAAGCCCAGCUCCAGGAGAAGAGAAGUUUGAGAACCAGGAAGAAAGUGCUCAGUCUGUUUCCCCUGAGAGCGUCCACCCACAGGCACUGCUGCCUGGCCAGGCCAGAGGGGAGGUGCCCUGGAGUCCUGAGCAGGGAAGGCCUCGGGACAGGGCAGAAGGGCACUGGGAGCCUCCCGCAGAGGAAGGGAUGGAGCCGUCCUUAGUGGGGGCCACAAGUUGCAGAGAACUGGGGCGACCAAAGGAAUUGCAGCCGAAGAAGCUCCACUUAUGUCCCUUGUGUGGCAAAAAUUUCUCUAACAACUCGAACCUAAUUAGGCACCAGAGAAUACAUGCAGCAGAGAGACUGUGUAUGGGUGUGGAGUGUGGCGAAAUCUUUGGUGGGAACCCACACUUUCUGUCACUACACAGAGCACACUUGGGAGAGGAGGCCCAUAAGUGCCUGGAAUGUGGAAAAAGCUUCAGUCAGAAUACCCACCUGACUCGCCAUCAGCGCACCCACACGGGUGAGAAACCCUAUCAAUGUAACGUAUGUGGAAAAAGCUUCUCUUGCAACUCAAACCUUCACAGGCACCAGAGGACACACACAGGCGAAAAGCCCUACAAGUGCCCCGAGUGUGGGGAGAUCUUUGCUCAUAGUUCCAACCUCCUUAGACACCAAAGGAUUCACACGGGAGAGAGACCUUAUAAGUGUGCCGAGUGUGGGAAAAAUUUCUCUCGCAGUUCACACCUUGUCAUACAUGAAAGAACUCAUGAGAAAGAGAGGCUUUACCCUUUCUCUGGGUGUGGGGAAGCAGUGAGUGACAGCACACUCUUUCUUACAAAUCAUGGAACCCACAAGGCAGAGAAAAAACUCUUCGAAUGUUUGACUUGUGGGAAAAGCUUCCGGCAGGGCAUGCACCUUACCAGACAUCAGAGAACGCACACAGGGGAGAAACCAUAUAAGUGUAACCUUUGCGGGGAAAACUUCUCUCAUAGAUCAAACUUAAUCAGGCACCAGAGAAUUCACACGGGAGAAAAACCCUAUACCUGUCAUGAGUGUGGAGACAGUUUUUCUCACAGCUCCAAUCGGAUUCGUCAUCUGAGAACCCAUACGGGAGAGAGACCCUAUAAAUGUUCUGAAUGUGGAGAGAGCUUUUCUCGGAGUUCACGCCUUAUGAGUCACCAGAGAACUCACACGGGAUAGAAACAAUGGGAUUUCCCUUUGGCCCAGAUAAGGUGGCAUACUCAGAGGGUCCUGUUAAGAGCUGGUCUUCUUUGCCCAGCCCACCAAAUGAUCUGUUUUUAAAGUAAUUACUAUAAAGAGGAACAAGGUGGGGGUUAUUGUGAGGGAGGUGCAGAGGCAGCAAAGGAUUAGCGUAGAACUAAAACGGAAUUCUGUCCAAACUAUUGAGGGUGGCAAGUCUUUGAGAUGACCUUCUCUAUGAAGCCUCUUGUCCCAGGGCACACCUACU